AUGAAGGCCACCAAAAACACUCACCCGGGAGCAGGCUCCAACACUGGUGACCCUCACCCAGAGGUGGACCUCAUCCCUGGUCACCUUCACCCAGAGGUGGAACCCCACCACAGUUACCCUCUCCCAGAGGUGGACCACAACCCUGGUGACCCUCGCCCAGAGGUGGACCCCAUCCCUGGUGAUCCUCGCCCAGAGGUGGACCACAACCCUGGUGACCCCUGCCCAGAGGUGGACCCCAUCCCUGGUGAUCCUCACCCAGAGGUGGACCCCAACCCCAGUGACCCUCGUCCAGAGUUCCCGGCAGCGCCUGGCCGGGUGACAACAGGCAGAGUAAACACCUCAGCCCUGCUCUGCCUGCCUCGCGCCCUGCUCAGCCCCUGGCAGCCCACCUUGCGGGUCACGGGGUGCCCGGACAGGGGGUCCGCCUUGCCAGCCCCCCUGGAGAAGAGCCCUGUGCCCCCCUUCGACACCUUCGAGUACUUCCAGGACAAGGAGGACGACCUGGACAAGCCCUACAACGACCGCUCCUACCUCAGCUCUGAAGGGCUGGCCCGUGACGACGCCCGCACAGAGUUCGUGGCCUUGCUGACGAGCGGCCCGGAGCCGUGGCACCCCACAUCCAGCGCAGUGGCCAAGGCUCGCUUCACCCUGUUGCGCUCCUACCUGCUCUUCUCCAUCAGCUACGAGCGAGUUCGUGGCCUUGCUGACGAGCGGCCCGGAGCCGUGGCACCCCACAUCCAGCGCAGUGGCCAAGGCUCGCUUCACCCUGUUGCGCUCCUACCUGCUCUUCUCCAUCAGCUACGAGCGGUCUGGAGCGGGAACAAACGGGAGCGGCUCCAGGGCUCCGUGGAGGACAUGGGCACAGCGGGGCAGAGGCACCGUCCUGCCCUGCGGAUUCUGCCAACAGAGGGUCGGCAUGCACGCCAGCUGGCGGGCACCAUCACCACCCGCCGCAGCUGUGACACCAUCCAAAGCGUGCUGUGCGGAGCGGAUGCCUUGAUACCAACCAAGACAGGGGCCGUGGGCUCAGCCAAGCUGGCACUUCACGAGAAUGGCACCCUGGAGUACCAGGUGCAGGUGGUGGGCACCGCCAGCGAGGUGGUGGGCAUCACACUGGAGACCAAACCCCGGCGGAAGAGCAAGAGGAAUGUCCUGUUCGACAUGACACCCAGCUACAAGGAUGGGCUGGCCCGGGGCACCUGGCAGAGCCCCAGCGCCCGUGAUGCCCACAUGCUGCUGCAGAACGAGCUCUUCCUCAAUGUGGCCACCAAGGACUGGGCGGAGGGUGAGCUGCGGGGCCAGGUCAUCUCCCUGCCCUACAGCGGGCUGCUCGCCCGCUACACAGAGAAGAAGAUGGGGCAGGAGGAGCUGAAGCUGGAGCGGGCACGGGACAGUAGCGAGGGCUGCUACUUUGACGGGGACAAGACGUGGCGAGGCUCUGGCACGCGCUGGCACCCCGUUGUGCCCCCCUUUGGCCUCAUCAAAUGUGCCAUUUGCACCUGCAAG